ACUUCGUCGACGAUAACACAGAACGCUCAACGAAGUCAUAAAGAAAUAUAUUCAUCAUAUCUCUGCUUUAACUCGUUGAUAUUACUAUUAACUAAGAUCUUUUCGCUCAUUAUGAAGUUCCUAAUAAUAUUUUUAAUCGCAUCAUCAGCGAUUGCAUAUACAACUGCAGAAGAUGAUCCAAUAUUGAAUCAUCGUUUCCGUCGUGGAGAUGAACCUCAAGGAUCAGUUGUUCUCCGAGGUGAAAAACCAUUGAGCGGACCUGAUCAACGUGCUACGAUCAAUCUAGAAUUACAGCGAAAAUUGAACGAGCAUACUAGCGUAUACGGAGGUGGUCACUAUAUGCAAGGAGAUCGAGUAAGGCCACACGCUGGAGUAGUUUAUGAACGCGAAUUUGGAAAUGGCUUUAUCAAUGGACGAGGUCAAGUUCAACCAGGAGCACGAGGACGAUUGGAACCUUCCUUUGGAAUAAAUGGUGGCUUCAGAUUUCGCCGCGAAGCCGAUCCACAGGGAUCAGUUGUUCUCCGUGGUGAAAAGCCAUUGAGCGGACCUGAUCGACGUGCUACGAUCAAUCUAGAAUUACAGCGAAAACUGAAUGACCACACUAGCGUAUACGGAGGUGGUCACUAUAUGCAAGGAGAUCGUGUAAGGCCACACGCUGGAGUAGUUUAUGAACGCAAAUUUGGAAAUGGCUUUAUCAAUGGACGAGGUCAAGUUCAACCAGGAGCACGAGGACGAUUGGAACCUUCCUUUGGAAUAAAUGGUGGCUUCAGAUUUCGCCGCGAAGCUGAUCCACAGGGAUCAGUUGUUCUCCGUGGUGAAAAGCCAUUGAGCGGACCUGAUCAACGUGCUACGAUCAAUCUAGAAUUACAGCGAAAACUGAACGAUCACACUAGCGUAUACGGAGGUGGUCACUAUAUGCAAGGAGAUCGUGUAAGGCCACACGCUGGAGUUGUUUAUGAACGUGAAUUUGGAAAUGGCUUUAUCAAUGGACGAGGUCAAGUUCAACCAGGAGCACGAGGACGAUUGGAACCUUCCUUUGGAAUAAAUGGUGGCUUCAGAUUUCGCCGCGAAGCUGAUCCACAGGGAUCAGUUGUUCUCCGUGGUGAAAAGCCAUUGAGCGGACCUGAUCAACGUGCUACUCUGAAUCUGGAAUACCAACAAAAACUGAACGAGCACACCAAUGUUUACGGAGGUGGUCAUUAUACGCAAGGAGAUCGAGUAAGGCCACACGCUGGAGUAGUUUAUGAACGCGAAUUUGGAAAUGGCUUUAUCAAUGGACGAGGUCAAGUUCAACCAGGUGGACGAGGACGAUUGGAACCUUCCUUUGGAAUAAAUGGUGGCUUCAGAUUCAAACGAGAUGCCGAAGAAGAAGGAAAAGAAAUAGAAGAAGAAGAAGAAGAAGAGGAAAUACAAGAGUUAGAAGAAUAAAUAAAAAAAAAAAAAAGACGUUUCUAUGUAUGCUCGUACGAAUGAUUAUAAUCAUCCAUUAUUUCAAAAAAAUGAAAGAUCUGUGUAAUUAAUUAUGUAAUCGAAAAUUAUGUUGAAUGUAUUAUCGUGUUAACGCUCGUAUCUUCUAUUUAAGUAACAAGUAUUUUAAUGUUAAUUUAUAUUUUUCUCUAAAUAAACUAUUUAUUACGAAA